UGAACUGUCACAAGUCUCUUCAUCCAUGCCAAAUGUGAAGUUGGAGUCGUCCAGUACACUGGUAGGUUUAGGUGGAGAUGUUUACCUAGGAGGUGAUGAAAGGAUGCAGAGUGGCAUCAUCCUGGGUGGAGAUGAUGAGGAUGAGGAGGAGGGGAUGAUGAUUGGGGUUCCCAUGGCAACACAAUGUUUGAAUCAUGGUCUGAGCUUAGCCGAUGAGCUGGCUGGCAUGGGAUACCAACAGAGCUACGAGGAAGACGGAGCAGAGGGGGAGGAGGAGGAAUGCAUCAUUGGUGGUGAUGGAGGAUGCGAUAAGUUCGGAAGAAGCGAAAGAGGAGCUGAGAUGGUUGCCAGUAGAGUGAGAGAAGGAGGAGGCACAGGUUUCAUGACUGCCGAGUCAGGAGUAGGAAGAGGCGGAGGAGGUGCGGAAGGAGGAGGAGGAGGAGGAGUAUCAGUGGAUGUUGAUGAUGAGGAUGAAGAAAUUAUCAGUUUAGAGACUCCUAAAGCAUCUCCUAGUAGGAGUCCUAGGCCAGGAGACUUGCACAUCAAAUAUAGACAGAUUGAGGAUGUUCUUCACUGGGUCCAUGUCACACUGACCCACAUCAUCCUGGAGCUUCACUCCUUGGUGCGCUUACCCCUCACCGACCUGGGCAUCAUGCAUGCAUCCAGUGUCCUACACUCCGUCCACCCAACCUCCUCGCACCACGCCCCUGUAUCGUCCAGCCCCUGGUCCACAGCAGCUACCCCAGCACUUCACAUAGAUGAUGAUGAUGAUGAUGAGGAAGAUGGGGACAUGGAUGAAGGUCGGAGGUCAGAGUUGAUAGGUGACAAGGUCAAGUCCCAACUGAGUGUGCUGAGGAGUAUGCUGAGUAUCGUGGUGAAUGGAUCACCAAAGAUGCUGAACGGGGCCUACAGAGGGCGACGGCAGGAGGACCAGGAGCGGAUCGGUCAGCUGGAGGGGCACGCGGAGGCCCUGGAGAGGGAGCUGAAGGACACCAGGCUCCAGGUGGACCUCCUGGAGGCGGAGAUUGAGAGCUUGGACAAGGUGCUCCUGCGGAAGGACGAGCAGAUAGAUAGACUCCACCAAGGAAGAAAGAGAAUGGAAGACUGUGUGAUACAGAUUGAAGAGGAGGAGAGAGCUAGGAGGAUGGAGACUGGAAGAGACGGAACAAGGACCCAAACAAACAUGGAUGUCAAUACAGGGAGCCAUGAUCCCUCAUCCGAGAUGCAGAGCAUAGAUGUAGAUGGUCAUCACUACAGGGAUGAGCUGGGAGGUGGCAAUGGCUGGCAGACGGGGUCUGAGGGGACGAUGGAUGGGCGUGGCAGACAAGUGAUGAGCAUUCCGCCUUCAACCGAUGAACUCUCGGCCAGCUUCUCGUCACGCAGUCAGUCUGCUCCCGAGUUUGGACGCAAGAAAAUGUUCCCCUUCUGGAGCUGAUCUACCGCCCCCUAUUGCUAGACGCAGAAGAUGGCGUCAUGAAUCCUGCCAUUCUCGUGGAUCAUGCAUGCUUAAUAGAGUACAAGUAAAUUGUACAACCAGUGAUAUUCAAAUCAAUUUUUUUUCCUUCUCUCACAGAAAGUGUAUGUCAUCUUGCUUUAAAUGAAAGCGUGACAUAUUGUUGGUAAUUAUGAUGUCUAGGAGCUGUGUAUUGUAUGAGUAGAAUAAGUAUUAAUUCAGGUAGUAAACACAAAUGUGCUUUAGCCUUAUUACACACAUUCCAAUUUUUUCAAUUUAUUUUCUUCUUUAAUGUGUGGCAUUUCAUUUGAAGUCUUGAAAUCUAAGUGUAUUUUGGAAAUGAACCUCACUAUGAAUACAGUGUGUGAUGAUCACAGAUGGUCCUAUGCUGUUUGUGUGAAAUAAAGAUUUAAAACAAAAUGGUGGAUGAUUUCAAAGUUUUUCUUGCCAAAGCGUACAUCUCGACUCUCGAGUCCAUUCUCAAUCUCCAUUCAACUGCCCUUUCUGCUUUAAUACUAAGUGCAAGUCAGUUGAAUAUGGUUGGUGCAAAGGAAUAAACUAAACUUACAUAUAGCGACAUUAGAGCUUUACAUAAUCUACAUAUCAAAGAAGAUUGCACUAUAGGCAAAUUAAGUGGGUGAAGUUUGAGUUGCAUGUGCCUUUUUCAUUUCACCAUUUCGUUUUCUGAGACAUUUUUUUAGAAGCAUUCCGUGCAUCCAUCCACUCCUGAAUGCCUUAUUCAUCAAAGGGCACCUUUUAACGAUUCCAUCCAACUGCUUCUUGUUUAUUCCGCUGUAAUUUAACAAGGCAUUAAACUUGGACCAAACUUUGGCCUACCAGUAAAAUGUUUUAUUUCAAGUUCUCUAUCUAAUUGCUUUGCCUUAAACAAUAAAUACUGACAAAAAUUAUUUGGUUUAAAACAAUUUAAAAAACAAGUAGAAAAACAAAAACAACAUAGAUGAAUAAAUGAAAAGCAAACAUUUGUUAAAUUUUCUUCCUGAUAAAAUCGCACCUUUAGUAAAAACAUAAAAAGAGCUCCCUUUAAAAGUUUUUUUUUUUUGCAAUAGAGGAAGACAUAAUUUAUAGAAAAGGGAGAAAUAAUUAAAAGCUUGCUGAAUCUACAAAGUCAAAGAUAUUUCUAGAAUUCAAGGGAACUGCUCUUAAUAGAUAAUUCAGUUCAUAAAUAAGUGAAAUAACAAAAAUUUUCAACCAUUUUGGGUACAUUAAAACCCACCAAACCUGCUGCUUUAAUCCUAGAACAAAUAAUCAAAUAAAUUAAGUAAGAAUGAAAUGAUUCAUUAAAGUAUGAAAUAUUUAUCGAUAGAACAGAACUUGCCAAGGUCAUCUGAAAUACUUACAUACCAAUACUAGUAAAAACAUUCCACAAUCAAAUAGUACUGAAUACUAGUGUGUAGAUCUAUAGACAAAAAUACUGGAAUAUACAAUGAUUAUGAUUCCAGUUCAUUCUAAAUUGUAAAUAAACGUAAUUGGAUUCAAAUUUAGCACUGAUGUUUAGUGUUGAAGUAUGAAAGAAAAAUUGUGCAAAAUGUGAAAUAGAAAUGCCUUACCAGGAUAAGUAUCCUAAAAAAAAAAAAGUAAAUGAAAAAUUAAGUGAUUUUGUAGACUUGCACUUGUGUCUUUCAAUCAUUAAUUGAUAUUUCUUUGUGAUUUCAGAAAAUAGAAAA